GGAUGUCGCUCUGGUCCGUCGAUGCGCUGCAAUGGGGGUGAAGCUAGAAGUGUUCCGGAUGGUGCUGUAUCUGUCUUUUCCUGUUGCCAUGUUCUGGGUUUCAAAUCAAGCAGAGUACUUUGAAGAAUAUGUAAUAAAGCGAAAGAGAGAAAUCUUUCCACCUGAAAAUGAGUUCCAGAGAAAAGAGCUGGAAGCCUUCAAAGAGCGAAUGAGGAAGAAGCGGGAGGAGCGGCUGCUGCUACAGGAGGCUGAGGAGUAAGAGUAUGGCAUCCCCUUCUUCCCGCUGUGCUCUUGUGGGGCAGAGGAUACACCCCCCAAAAAAAGUUGCCACAUCCUUUUCCUUCUGUUUCAGCCUUACUGUUUUCGAAGGUUCCUCCAAAAGACUUUGUGGACAAUGAGGUGAAAGUAAUUGCAGUGCAGUUCCGCUUUGCCUGCUAGGGCCCUGCAGCCUUUCUCAGGCCAGGCAAGGCUAAGCCAGGAAUGGCUGUAGGCUUUUUCUUCUUAAGGCUGCUCUUCUGCCUUUUGCAAUGGUUUAAAGCCCUUGAUUCAGCUGAAGACAACUGGCUCAUUUGAAUCAUCACGUCUAAUAAAGCCAAUAUGGUAUGCAGCCAGCAUGGUGUUCUGGCUAUUGUGUCAGAUUUACACAGGAGAGACCUGCAUUCAACUGGGUGACCUUGGGCCAGUCAUUCUC